AUGUUCAACAACAACAAUAAAUCAACACCUCUAAAACGCAAAAAAUUAAUCUUGAAGCCGAAUGAAUUAAAAGAUGAAGAAUUUAUGUCUCCAGUGAAGAGAAGAGCUAAAAUGUCAACAAACACUUGUGAGGACUUCUUCCGUCAACAAUCUGGACCAGCAACUACAAACUUGUCUUCAACAAACAAAUAUUUAUUUCAACGCCCUCCAAUUGACGAAUCCUUCAUUUCUCCAUUAAAACAACAAUGGAAAGGCUUCCUGUCUUCUCCUUCUUCAAAUGUCAACAAAAAUUGCUUAAAAACACCUUCACCAGCUCGGAUGCUAAAACAAUCUGUUAUCUGCAAAAAUAUUGGAAAUUUAUUGCUGAUGACUCCAGAAAAAGAUUCUGAUGAGGAAGAAGAUAAAGAAGAAUUUGAUGGAGAGAACAAAAAUGAAGAAGAGAUUGAAGACGAUGAUGAUGAGGAAGAAAAAUUGAAAGAAGAAGAGCAAACAACUUCAAAUAAAAUCAAAAAAUAUCCAACAAAAAAGAGAACAACAACAACCAAAAAACAAAAUGGAGGUAAUUUUGUCAAAUUAAAUAUGCGUCAUCGUAGAUUUACUCCAAGCAGUAAGUUUAGAAUUAAAAAGAAAUGGAAAAGGAAAUUUAAAAAUUAA